AUGUCGGUUUGGAAGAAAGCUGCGAAAGCAAAUCAAAAAACCCACAGGGAACGUCAUCAACCUGAAGAACGUUCCCAUUUAGGCCUCCUGGAAAAGAAAAAAGACUAUGUGCUCCGUGCAAAGGAUUUCAAUGAAAAGAAAGCUACUAUAAAACUUCUUCGUAAAAGGGCCUUAAACAAAAACCCCGAUGAAUUCUACCACCACAUGAUUAAUUCAAAAAUUGAAGAUGGAACACACACUGAGAUUGAAAAAGAUGAUGAGUGUUCACCAGAACAAUUAAUGUUGAUGCGAACACAAGAUUUAAAAUAUAUAACUACGAAGAAAACUCAAGAGCUUAAAAAAAUAGAGAAGUUGCAGUCCCAACUCCAUUUAUCCAGUAUAGACUUUUCUAAAAAUAAUAAACACACAUUUUUUGAUAAGGAAAAGAAAAAAGAAGCUUCGAACAGAACAUUGAAGAUGCUGAUGGAGAAAGAACUUCCUGAUAUUAGUGAGGAUGUAUUACUGAAAUCAGCUAGAAAGACACAAGCAUUGUACAAGGAAUUAGCGAAGAGGAUAGAUAGAGAAAGGGAACUAUCAGUAGUUCAACAAAAACUUGAGGUCAAACGUGCCUUAGAGAAUAAAAAAGGAGUGUUACCACCUAAGCGGGUCAGGAAAGGUAAUAAAGAUAGUGCUCCAGUCUAUAUGUGGAAAUAUGAAAGAAAAAAAUAG